UACGUGUGCAGUACGUUUUCAUUUUUAGCGCAAGCUACAAGUAAGCUAACGGAAGGUAAUGGUGAAAAGAAAUUGAUAAUUGAUGCUUUUGACAAAGCGAGACCAUUGUGUACAUGUGUGGAGAGAACUACAAGUGGUACGGCUGCAGCCAUUUUCAGCUCCGGAAAGUUUGGUUCCUCCACGUAUCACAGACAUAGAUUAGAAUAGGACCGUGCCGUUUUACUGUAAGAUGUUGACCUGUUGAUUUCUGAAAAGAAACAUCUAGCUAAGUAGAAAGUGUACUAACAUGAUAGAAAGUGCAGGUAUUCCGUUUCGCUUAGCGCGCUUCUUGGAAUAGGCGUAGGCGGUACGUUACUCUGCACUGCGUCGUUCCGUUUUGAUGCUCUGGGAGCACUACUAAUUUUAGUAGGAGAGCCAUCAGCAUUGUUGUUUGUUCAUAUGUCAACAUCCGCUGUCGAAAUGAGGUUAUUGAAAGGUCGUCGCCCGCGCAACUUCCUGAAAGCGGCCUCAAAUACGCGAGUACGCUGUACUGUACAAUUAUCUACGGCAUUCAUCAUUCGAACACCUAUCACAACAAGGUUGAAAGCAGUUUGUUUUUCCGUGAGACUUCCGCCUACCAUGUACAAUUGAGAGUGCGUUCUCUACUCUACUAUAGACUAUUUGGUGAUACCUUCAUGGAACUGGAAGCGGCAACAAAGCCAAUUCGAAGUGCAAUUUUUGUUUGAUCAAACGAAGAUAGAGUUCUCUAGUCUGACCUUGACAAAAUUUCUUACUAUGUUUGUGGGACAUCUGCUGGAUGAUGCUGGUGAAAAGGCAGAUGCCGGUGCAGAUUAUCAGAAUGAUUAAUGAUUGGUACUCAAAUGAAACCGUUGAGUAAGAUGGGCUGGAGCAACAUCUGAGUCAUUUGGCGUGUCAAAUGGGGUAAGGCAAGGGAGUGUCUUAUCUCCUGUUUUCUUCAAUACCAUCAUUGACAAUCUGCUAAGUGAAGUGCACAGGAUAUGGAGCUAGACUAGCUGGUAUGUCAGUAGGCUGUCUAGCUUACGAUGACGACAUUACAUUGAUUUCUCGUCCAGCAGGUAGAAUUCAGAACAUGCUGAAUGUGUGUGAGGAUUUUGCCCAGGAAAAUCUGAAAUUCAACGUGCAGAAGAACGUGGCGACGCUGUUUAAAUGAAGAAUACUGGUCAACCCAGGCAACUCCAAAUUCGUGAUUGAAGGUGGUGUAUUACCGAUUAAGGAGUCUUUAUGUUAUUGGGAGCAUUACAAAGUGAUGUGAGAAAUGAUAUGAUCUCGGUAGAGAAACGGACGAAGAACUAUGCAGCGGUGAACGUGGUUGUAUGUAUAAAUUACGUCAUGCUACUACAGAGGAAGAUAUAUGGAAGAGAGUCUUAGAUACCCAGUUAUUUCUUGUUUUGAGCUACGGUGGUCACUUGUGGGAUCUUACGAACAUAUCUGUAUGCCAUUUGUUGAAUACUGCUUGGAGGAAGGGCAUCCGUAAAGGGCUAGGAAUGGGAUUCAGGGACUCUGUGUAAGUGGCAGACUUAAAGGAUGGUUUAAGGAGGCAACUGAAUAAGUGCUAAGGGAGCAGGUUCUAUUUCUACACCGGGCAUUACAUAGUGUGAAUGUAGUGGUCAGGGAAUAGCAUUAGCUAUGCAGAUUAGAGAGAUCUUGCGGGUGUGGACGUCUGUAUGGAAGAGAUCGAGACUGACUGGCAUUUGCCAAUAUAGUUACCAGGAUUUGAGAACUAUAGUUUGUUCAAUAGCUAAGUUUCUUUUUCUUUCUUCUUAUAUAGCUCAUUCAAUAGUUAACUUCUUUCUUUCUUCUUACUUCCGUAGUUUGCCUGUUAUGGGUACUGUACCUUUGGUGUGAAAUAAACCAUCAUCAUCAUCAUCAUCAUCAUCAUCAUCAUCAUCAUCAUCAUCAUCAUCAUCAUCAUCAUCAUCAUCAUCAUCAUCAUCAUCAUCAUCAUCAUCAUUAUCAGUAUCAUCAUCAUCAUCAUCAUCAUCAUCAUCAUCAUCAUCAUCAUCAUCAUCAUCAUCAUCAUCAUCAUCAUCAUCAUCAUCAUCAUCAUAGACUGCCUUACUUCAAGAAAAGACAAGCAGUAUGAUCAAUGUCGACGAGUACAUGUCAGAAUUGACAAAUGAGGGACAGCAGCAGCAGCAUUAUCAGAGAGACUUGCCAGUUGGGAUACCAUUAUAGCUUUCAUGGAUCAGUGUGGUCAAAACUAAGACCUACAUGAGUAUAUAUACACAGACUUGUGUUAUGAACAUUUUAACUGUUUUUGCCAACAGCUAAAUUAGAUUGAAGUCACUAUGGACAUGUACUGUAACUAACGAUAUACUGUAUAUGUUGAAAGUGUAGCUGGUGUGGAGAUUUGGGACAAUGGGAAUAGUGUUGUUGUCGGUUAUGUAAUGUUUCAGGUUUGCUGUGGCCAAAGAAGAUAUCCUUUCGUUAAUUAAUUAAUUGUGCUGCUGCAUUGCAUGGUUUUAAAAUGUACUGUGUUGUCUUUAACAGUUUGUACGACUGACAUGCAUGGUGUUGAGCCUGAUAUGGGUACUAGUAGUUCUCCUCCUCCUGGUUUUAGACGGGAGUAUAGAUCUGGGUCUGGCAAUCAAGGCUCAUCUUCUUCUUCACCUGGAUUUAGACCUGAAUAUGCCGGCAACACUGCAGACAGUAAUUCCAACAACACUAAUUCUGGAAACACUGAAGGACAAGGACAAGGGGAAUCGGAGGAUUUUGGACAGGUGCAACAGCCAGUGGUAUAUACUAGGAUAUCUUUUUGGAAGGAGAUGUUCUGGAUAUGGAUAUAGUUAUGGUCCAGGGUAUGGAUCUGGUUAUGGAUUUGAUUCGGGUUACGGUUAUGGAUCCGGUUAUGGACAUGGAUCUGGCUAUGGUUAUGGCAGGCGAUCCGGAGGAUGGUCAUCUGGAUUAGGAAGCAGCUGGAGGAGCGGUAGUAAAGGCAGUUCAUUUGGCCGUUUGUCCAGAUCCAGUGAUAGCUCCAGGAGCAGAUCGACAUCAGGAUUUGGUGGUACAUCAAGGUGUUGACAUGCAUUCUAAUGAAGGUACCAGUAGCCUUUGAUACUGCUGAUUGAAGUGUGGGAUGUUUUAGAUUGUUUGGGUUGAGAUGGUGCCAUCCCAUUCUUUACAUAUGUUAAACUAUUUCAAUAAGUUGACACCGGCUUGCAACUUAGUUAUCUCAAAUGUUGCCAAUUAUACUAAGUUUGCACGCAAGCUGUGGACAAAACGCUUUCCACUCAUAACAUUUGAUCUAACGUUGUUCAUGAGAACCGCUGCUCAUUUGAAAAGUUAUUUAUAUCACUACACUGUGCUUGCUUGUAAGAGUUAGUCAGCACAGUCACAGUUUCUAUCGACAGCAAGUCACCUGAGCAAAUUUGUCACUGCGUGGUUUGUAAUCAGACUUUGGUUGCAUAGUUGUUUUUAUCCUUGUUGUACGUGCUCAUUCUCACAAUCAUUUGACUGCUCUUGCAUGUGAAAGUAAGACGGUCUGUUUCUUUGGUUUCUCCAUCACUCAAUGAUGCUCUUGAACUGGACAUGGCAACAAUUUGUGUAUGAGAUCGACGGCUACAAACAAGUUGCAUUAGUUAUUAUUUUGCUGUGGAUUUUAAUUAGGUUACGAAUUCGUACAAUUUUAGGUCAUUAAUGGCCAUAUUGUGCAACU